AUGCACCCACGGCACACGUCAGCUGGUCAGCUGCCCGCGUGGCCCGGCUGCCCGCUCAGUGCGCGGCCGGCCACCGCGGCAUGUCGUUGCAGUGCGCUGCAGGAGCAGAAGGGAGAGUUGCGCAAGCGGCUGUCCUACACCACGCACAAGCUGGAGAAGCUGGAGACGGAGUUCGACUCCACGCGCCACUACCUGGAGAUCGAGCUGCGGCGCGCGCAGGAGGAGCUAGAGAAGGUCACCGAGAAGCUUCGCAGGAUUCAGAGCAACUACCUGGCACUGCAGAGAAUCAACCAGGAGCUGGAGGGCAAGCUGUACCGCAUGGGCCAGCACUAUGAGGAAGAGAAGCGUGCACUGAGCCAUGAGAUUGUCGCCCUCAACAGUCACCUCCUGGAGGCCAAGGUGACCAUCGACAAGCUGUCAGAGGACAACGAGCUCUAUAGGAAGGACUGCAAUCUAGCGGCCCAGCUGCUGCAGUGCAGCCAGACCUACGGCAGGGUCCAUAAGGUGUCCGAGCUGCCCUCGGACUUCCAGGAGCGCGUGAGCCUGCACAUGGAGAAGCUCGGCUGCAGCCUGCCCUCCCAGCUCUGCCACCCGGCCUACGCCGACAGCGUCCCCACCUGCGUCAUCGCCAAGGUGCUGGAGAAGCCUGACCCUGCCAGCCUGUCCUCCCACCUGUCAGAUGCCUCAGCCCGUGACCUGGCCUUCCGCGAUGGGGUGGAGAAGCAGGCCCCGCGGCCCCCAUACAAAGGAGACAUCUACUGCAGCGACACAGCCCUCUACUGCCCGGAAGAACGGCGGCGUGACCGGCGACCCAGCGUGGACGCACCCGUGACAGAUGUGAGCUUCCUGCGGGCCCAGAACUCCACGGACAGUGCUGCAGAGGAGGAAGAGGAGGCCGAGGCAGCGGCCUUCCCCGCUGGCUUCCGGCGCGAGGCCUUCCCGGGCUACGCGGGCUCGCUGCCCACGUCCAGCUCCUACUCCAGCUUCAGUGCCACAUCGGAGGAGAAGGAGCACGCGCAGGCCAGCACGCUCACCGCCUCUCAGCAGGCCAUCUACCUGAAUAGCCGCGACGAGCUCUUCAACCGCAAGCCGCCUGCUGCCACCUACGAGGGCAGCCCUCGCUUCGCCAAGGCUGCGGCCGCGGUGGCAGCCCCACUGGAGGCUGAGGUGGCCCCAGGAUUCAGACGGACAGUGUCUCCUUACCCAGCAGAGUCCUUCCGCUUCCCAGCCACCCCGGGCCCCCAGCAGGCCCUGAUGCCCCCAAACCUAUGGAGCCUGCGGGCCAAGCCGGGGUCCGCCCGGCUCCCUGGAGAAGACAUUCGGGGUCAGUGGCGGCCCCUGAGCGUAGAGGACAUUGGUGCCUACUCCUAUCCAACCAGCACCGCGGGCCGGGCCUCGCCCUGCAGCUUCUCCGAACGCUACUACGGUGGCAGCGGGGGCAGCCCAGGCCAGAAGGCUGAGGGCCACGCCAGCCCCCUCUAUGCCACCUACAAGGCCGACAGCUUCUCGGAGGGCGACGACCUCUCCCAGGGUCACCUGGCAGAGCCCUGCUUCCUGCGGGCAGGUGGCGACCUGAGCCUCAGCCCCAGCCGAUCUGCCGACCCGCUCCCUGGCUAUGCGCCCAGCGAGGGAGACAGGGACCGGCUGGGGGUGCAGCUGUGUGGAGCUGGCAGCAGCCCUGAGCCUGAGCACGGCUCCAGGGACUCCUUGGAGCCCAGCUCCAUGGAGGCUUCGCCAGAAAUGCACCCUGCCGCCCGCCUCAGCCCCCAGCAGGCCUUCCCGAGGACUGGUGGCUCGGGGCUGAGCCGCAAGGACAGCCUCACGAAAGCCCAGCUCUACGGAACCUUGCUCAACUGA